AUGUACAUUUCACGCCUUAAGAAACAACUAUCUUGGCCUCGAGACAUGUUCCAGCCGAGCUCUCGGGCAACAGCACUGACUGCGGCUCCCGAAGAACGUCCGUACCCCAGUCUGUUGUUUCAUCCUGUGCCAUUUGAGCGCACCGCGUUCACCACGCAACCGAGAAAGCGAUUCUGCACCGUUCACACCCACGAUGGGCUCGGAGAGAUGAUCCAGAGCAUUGUGUCGACAGACCAUGCGACCCUCUACCUCUACAUGAAGGGCGGCGUGCUCGUCAUCGCUCUGGAUCCAGCCGAGAGGAUCUAUAUGGUGGACCUACAGAGACUGGGACUGACGGGGCUGGGUGUGAGGCAGCCCUUCAACACGGCUCAGCUGCAGGCAUCGUCGAGUGGUGGACCCAGCGAUGGUGGUCCUCUGCUCCUAGAUCAGGACCGGCUGCCCAGCCUGAAGGGUCUGCUCGAGAGCCCAUCCAUAGCCAAAGUCAUGUUCGACUCCAGGGCCACGGUGGCCGCGCUGCGGGAUCCCUGGGGCAUCGCGCUUCGUGGCGUGCAGGACAUCCAGCUCAUGGAGCUUGCUGGCAGACCUCUCCUGCCGCCUGGACGGCCCUUCCACCGCAAGCUUGAAGGCCGUGCCAUGCCCAGGAACCUGCCGGCUGCCGAGAGUCACCAGGCGCGACCACAGGGAAGCUUCAUGGUGGAAGUACACCUCGUGGACCAGGUUCGGCAUCUGCCUGGGCUGCACAGGCGAUAUUGGGCACGGCUGGACGAUGUCAGAAGGGAGGCACUGAAGUUGCGAACAGAGAGGAGGGUGCGCGAUGCUUUUACAAUGGCGGACAUUCCUGAGAGUAGUUCUGCAGUAUGGCAGGUUAUCAUGAGGCCUGGAGUCGUUGAGGGGCUCGAGGGACAUCUUGAACGCAGAAAUGUUGAAUGA